AUGUUCUGGAUAUCAAGAUAUAUUGGCCUCGGCACCUUGCUUAACUUGGCAUUGCUUUGCCACGUAAAUGCAUUUUAUAUUCCUGGCUGGUCAAUCAAGAGCUACAAGGAAGAGCAGCAGAUCCCACUUAUGGUCAACAAAGUCUACUCCGACAAUACCCAACUUCAGUAUGCCUAUUACGAUCUGCCUUUCGUCUGCCCGCCGACCGGGAAGCACAAGUCUGCUGCGGGCCUUCUCAGCGGACAGAGCAUCCCACUUAAUCUAGGCGAGGUACUUCGUGGAGAUCGCAUCAUGGCCUCCGACAUGGAAAUCGCCAUGAAAAAGGACACGUCGUGCAACGUCCUCUGCACCAGGGAAAUUUCGCGAAGCGAUCUCAGACGCGCCAAAGAACUGGUCCACGAUGGCUACGUCACUGAAUGGAUUGUUGAUAACCUGCCUGGAGCUACAAGUUUUGUUACGGUGGAUAAGACCAAAAAGUACUACGCCGCCGGAUUCAAGCUUGGAUACACGGAAUUUUCGCCGAGCACAGGCAAGGCGCGCUACUACCUGCAUAACCACCACACUAUUGUCAUACGCUACCGCCAAGCUGCUGGACGAGCUGGUGCCCGAGGCGAAAAGAUUAUCGUCGGAUUUGAAGUCUAUCCCAAGAGUAUUGGCAACGGGAACAGGCGAGACACCAAAGGAUGCCCUGUCGAUUUGCAAAACAUCGACCAGCCUUUUGAGCUCUACAUGGCCCCCAACAAGACACUCGAUGCAGCUGCGCCCAUAUAUACCGAUUCAUCAUACCAGCCUGCUGCUACCGAAGUUGACGAUGACAGCGCUGGUGGUACAAUCAGCAUUCCCUACACCUAUUCGGUCUAUUUCCGAGAAGAUGAUACUAUCGAAUGGUCUCACCGUUGGGAUCUGUAUUUUGUAAACCAGGAAGAGGGCUCGCGUAUUCAUUGGCUUGCUAUUGUCAACUCCCUCAUUAUUUGUGGCUUGCUGACGGGCAUUGUCAUGAUAAUCCUGGCCAAGACGAUUCGCACCGAUAUUCAAGGAUAUAAGGAUGCCAAGGCCGAAGAUGGAAAACUUCGGUCAAAGCGCAAGAGCCGAUCCGGCAACAGAACGCCAAAGGAGAAGCCUAGUUUGCUUGAUCAGGGUGACGAUGCCGAAAAUGAUGCAGACAUCUCAUCCGACGACGAGGCUCUCGAGGAAGUGACUGGGUGGAAGCUUCUGCACGCCGACGUGUUUAGAACUCCACGGUCCGGCAAUCUUUUGGCACCGCUUGUGGGCUCUGGUAUGCAACUCAUGUUCAUGGCCAUGGGUUUAGUCCUAUUGAGCGCAAUCGGCGUAUUGAACCCCAGCUUCCGUGGCGGCUUCGUCAGUGUGGGUGUCGGCCUGUUCAUUUUUGCAGGCCUCUUUUCUGGCUACUUUUCCGCUCGCGUGUUCAAGAGCUUCGACGGCAGGGACUACAGAGCAAACGCAUUGGUCACGGCCUUCUUGUUCCCCGGCCUUGCCUUUGCGCUUGUGUUCGUCCUCAACCUGUUUGUGUGGGCACAGGCAUCCAGCACGGCUAUCCCCUUUGGAACCUUGAUUGCCAUUGUAUUCUUGUGGCUGUGUGUCCAGGUCCCUCUGGUGUUGGCAGGGUCGUACUACGGCUAUCUCAAGGCGGGCGCAUGGGCGCAUCCUACCAGAACGACAGCCAUUCCUCGCCAAGUGCCGCGGCAGGCUUGGUACAUCAAGUCUCUGCAGUCGAUACUGCUGGCUGGGCUUAUCCCGUUUGCCGUCAUCUUUAUUGAGCUUUUGUUUGUCUUCCAGUCUUUGUGGCAAGACAAGAGCGGGUACUAUUACGUAUUCGGAUUCCUGGCGGUUGUUUCCAUGAUCCUGGUGGUGACUAUUGCCGAAGUGACUAUUGUCACGAUUUACAUCCAGCUAUGCUCCGAAAACUACCAUUGGUGGUGGCAGUCAUUCUUUGUGGGCGGCGGCAGCGCGUUGUGGGUGUUUGCCUACAGCAUUUGGUAUUACUUUUUCAAGCUGCACAUUACGGGGCUUGUAAGCAGUCUCCUCUUCUUCAGCUACAGCUUUAUGGCCUGCUGUGUGUAUGGACUUUUGACCGGAACUAUUGGAUUCCUAAGCGCCUAUGCAUUUGUCCGGAGAAUAUAUAGGUAA